AUGGGAGUUCAGCCCUAUGAUAGAAGCUCCUAUACGGUCUCUAAAUUAUUGGCACUGACAAAUGUGCCAAUUUCGGAUGUUUCGAGUGAUCUUACAGUCGAAGUCGGAGCAUCAAGCUUUGCACUUCACAAGUUUCCUCUAGUUUCUCGAAGUGGAAGAAUUCGUAAACUGUUGCUGGAAGCGAAAGAUUCAAAGGUCUCACGCAUAAAUAUCCCUGCUGUGCCGGGUGGACCUGAGGCCUUCGAGCUUGCUGCAAAGUUCUGCUAUGGAGUAAAUGUUGAGAUUACACAAUCAAAUGUUGCUAUGUUAUGUUGUGCCGCACAUUUUCUGGAAAUGACAGAAGAUUUCGCAGAGAAGAACUUGGAAGCUCGAGCUGAAGCGUAUCUGAAGGAGAUGGUGCUCCCGAACAUAUCAAGUUCAAUUUCUGUUCUUCACCGUUGUGAAACUCUAUUGCCCAUCGCGGAAGAGAUCAACCUGGUCAGUAGGCUUAUCAAUGCAAUUGCAAGCAAUGCAUGCAAAGAGCAACUGACCUCUGGCUUGUUAAAGCUUGACCACAACUACCCUGCAAAAACUAUGCCAAAUAUGGAACCAGAAACACCAUUAGACUGGUGGGGAAAAUCACUAGCAGUUCUGAAUCUUGAUUUCUUCCAAAGGGUACUAUCCGCAGUAAAAUCAAAGGGUCUAAAACAGGAUAUGAUUAGCAAAAUUUUGAUAAAUUAUGCCCAUAAUUCUCUUCAAGGCCUUGUUGUCAGGGACCCUCAAUUGGUUAAAGGAAGUCUCUUGGAUUUGGAGUUGCAGAAGAAACAAAGAGUCAUCGUUGAAGCAAUAGUUAGCUUACUGCCAACCCAAUCAAGAAAGUGUCCGGUUCCAAUGGCUUUUCUUUCAAGUUUAUUAAAAACUGCUAUAGCGUCAUCAGCAAUUACUUCUUGCAGAUCUGAUUUGGAGAGGAGGAUUGGUCUUCAACUAGAUCAGGCAAUUCUUGAGGACAUCCUAAUACCAGCAAAUUCACAUGGAAACAACCACUGCACGAUGUAUGAUACUGAUUCCAUAUUGAGGAUCUUCUCUAUCUUUUUAAACUUGGAUGAGGAUGAUGACGAAGACGACAACUUGCGGGAUGAAAGUGAAAUGGUUUAUGAUUUUGACAGCCCUGGUUCUCCUAAACAGAGCUCAAUUCUAAAGGUAUCAAAGUUACUGGAUAAUUUUCUUGCAGAAGUUGCGCUAGAAUCAAACUUGCUGCCAUCAAAGUUUAUAGCAUUAGCAGAACUACUUCCAGACCAUGCUCGUAUAGUUAGUGAUGGAUUGUACAGAGCUGUGGAUAUCUUCCUCAAAGUUCAUCCAAACAUUAAAGAUUCUGAACGCUACCGACUCUGCAAGACGAUCGAUUGUCAGAAAUUAUCUCAAGAAGCCUGCAGCCAUGCUGCACAAAAUGAAAGGUUACCUGUACAGAUGGCAGUCCAAGUUCUAUACUUUGAACAGAUCAGGCUCCGAAAUGCAAUGAAUGGGGGACACAACCAGUUCUUCUUUGGUGCAUUAAAUGGUCAAUUCCCUCAACGUUCAGGCAGUGGCGCAGGAAGUGGAGCCAUCUCUCCAAGGGAUAAUUAUGCAUCAGUUAGAAGAGAGAACCGAGAGCUGAAGCUUGAAGUAGCGAGAAUGAGAAUGAGGCUGACUGAUCUUGAAAAGGAUCACGUGUCCAUGAAACAGGAGCUGGUAAGGUCUCAUCCUGCUAAUAAGUUGUUCAAAUCCUUCACCAAAAAAUUAAGCAAGCUUAAUGCCCUAUUCCGAAUCAACGGUCUUAAACCCAUAGGGGGCAAGGCUAACUCAGAAACAAGGUUCUUGUUUCAGAAGAGAAGGCGUCACUCGGUUUCGUGA